UGCCGCAGGCAUGGACUUUGCCUACAGAUUAACCUUAUUGUUUUCCAUAGCUGCCUUUGUGGGGACUGCAGAUGCCGAGAACCCGGGGUUGGUGGUGAGAGUCACACAGAAAGGACUGGACUAUGCCCUUCAGGAAGGUGUGAUUGCAUUGCAGCAGCAACUAUCCCACAUUCAGCUGAAAGAUAUAUCAGGCACCUAUGGCCUUGGGUUCCUCGGACAUGCAAAUUACAAAUUUUUUAGCAUGAAUUUAGGAAAUGUCCAGUUGCCCGGUUUCCAAGUCAGUCCCAUUCCAAAUGUUGGUCUGAAGCUGUCUACGUCUGGAGGUUUUUUCGAAGUUAAUGGACGAUGGGAUGUUCGCUAUUCAUUUAUACAUGAAGACGGCACUUUUAAUCUCAAAGUUGGGGGGCUCGGCAUGUCUAUUGGACUUAAUUUGAGAAAUAUUGAACAUGGAAAACCAACAGUUUCCGUAGCAGACUGCAGCUGCCGUAUUGCCAAUGUUGAGGUGCACAUGUCUGGAACCAUAGGUUGGUUGGUUGAACUUUUCCACGGUGCAGUUGAAUCGGAAAUAAGAAAAGAAUUGGAGAACAAGAUCUGCCCAGAGGUUAAUAAAUUUAUUAAUUCUGACGUGUCAUCCUUUCUCCGCAAUCAACCAGUGAAUAAAAAAAUUGACCACAUAUCUGGCCUUGAUUACUCUCUGAUGGGACCUCCUUCUGUGAUGGCAAAUUGGGUUGAUGUUUUUGUAAAGGGGAAAUUCUACGGGAUGAGUCAUAUCCAUCACCCUCCAAUAUUUGCUCCGCCCCUCACACCCCCGGCGAUGUCGCUGCCUCCAGAACAAGAUCACAUGGUUUACUUUGCCGUCUCUGACUAUGUGUUCAACACCGCUCUUCUCACUUAUCAGAGGGCUGGGGCUCUUGUCCUCACUUUGACUGAUAAUAUGAUCCCAAAGAAAUUCGGCAUUCAUUUGGACACUAAUUUAUUGCAAAGAGUAAUACCGUCGGUUUCCAAGAUGUACCCCAAUAUGCCCAUGAAGCUGGAGAUGUCAGCUGCCUCAACGCCAGCUCUGAAUAUUAACCCAGGAGGUGUGACUCUUUCGCCAGUGGGAAACAUCCAGGCUUAUGCCAUUCUGCCCAACUCCUCCCUGGCCCCUCUAUUUCUCCUUCAAGCGAAAACAAAUGCCUUUGCAAAGGUGGCAGUGAAUUCUGGGAACGUAGUACUCUCUCUAGAGAAUGGCAACGUGGAAGUUUCUCUGUCUCACUCUGAUGUUGGACCUUUUUCAGUUUCGGAAAUUAAUAAGCUCAUGAACUUAUUUGUCCCAGUGGUCCUUCCUCAUGUUAAUGACUUCUUGAGGAAUGGAUUCCCACUAACUUUCAUUGAGCACAUCCAGCUCAGGGAUAUUGUGAUUAAAACAUAUGAGCACUACCUCCUGUUUGGGGCAAAUGUACACUAUCAUUAAGAAAGAAUGGCAGUCAAGGAGCUGGAUGGACAUGGGGAAAUGGAUAAUGAAAUGAAUGAAACUAAUGUAACAUCAGGUCGUGUUCCUGGACCUCAGUGACUCUCCAUAACUUUGUGUAAUUAUAUGUCCUAUGUAUAAUGGGCUGUUCUUUAGCUCAAAAUAUAAUGGGCUGUAGCUUGGGGAAGGGAGGGGUUUGUUUAUAUCUAGAGUGGGCUCAGUGGGCUUCUGGUUGUUUGACUUUUCUGCUUGGGAUCAGGAAGUAGAAUGGGACUUUAGUUUCAUUUUCAAAAUGUUUUAUUUUAAAAUGUUGUU